CAGGGCCUGAGACAGAUGGGACAGCAGGCCACUCUGCAGCCACUCUAACCGGCUCACCUCAGAGCACUCGGCAAAACAAGACAAAAGAAACAUAGGACAGAGAAAAGACCCACAACUCCAUGAAGAAAGAAACACAUCUUUUCUAAUUUUCUGACGUAGAGAAUUUCAGAAAAACUGGAACCUUCUGACGAGGACAGAUAUUUGCAAAAACUGACUUAAGGAUGCAGGACGGGAGUUGGAAUGACACACCCCCCCUCUCUCUGUUGAUGAAAGAUGCGUGUCCUCCAGGGGGCGUGUCUUUGGAGGGGGAUGGGGGCAUGCUUUCGUUGCCACCUCUUGAUGGCGAGGUUUACUUGGACUCAAUAGCUGAACUAGAGAGUGGGGACGGGGACUUUCCAGAACUUUCUGCUUUCCUGAGCCAGGAUGAGAUAAGCCUCAGUCUGGACCUGGCUCGAGAAGCCAUGAGUGACGCAGGUGACCCAAAUGACCAAGAUGAACCCCCCGUUCCCACAGAGCACCUGUCCCUUAACUCAGAAACCAAAGACCUCGUUCUCCCAGAUUCAGCAUCUCAGUCAACUGAUGCUGCAUCAGGUAAAGUCAGAUCCAAUCAGAGCAUGCCGCUCAGCAGGUCUAACCAGCUCUGCACUACUCCUGAAUCACCCGAAAAAUUUGUCUGCCAAAAAUCCAUCACACCAGUAUAUAAGCAGGACCGUCCCCGGCUGGUCCACGGAGGCCUGGAGCUCAACGAACGAGCUACUUCAGCUACUGAGUUCUGCAGCCGAGCUGCUACCUUCAUUGAAGAGCUCUCUUCAAUCUUCAAAGGCUCCACACGUGUGGACCAGCAAGGUGAUGAAGACUUCUCUUCACCUGACAGUGGCUACUUGUCUCCAAGGAGCCAGCGGCUGGCCAUGCAGCAGGCUCAGCCACCUUCAUCCUCUUCAUCUUCCUCUGAGCCCCAGCAGGAAGGUAUGCACCAGGUGCGGGCUGAUGUUGGGUCAGAUGACCAGGGUCAAGGGGUUAGUCUAGAUGGACCCAAGAGUCCUCCACGCUUCACCCAGAAACUGAAGAGCCAGGAGGUGGCAGAAGGAAGCCCUAUCCGCCUUGAAUGCAGAGUGUCUGGAAACCCCCUUCCACUAGUCAGGUGGUUUUGUGAGGGGCGGGAGCUGCACCACUGCCCUGAUAUCCAGAUCUGUCGUGAUGGUGACCUGCACACUCUGGUGAUAACUGAAGCAUUUGAAGACGACACCGGCAGGUACACCUGUGUAGCUUCCAACUCGCUGGGAGCAGACAACACCUCUGCAGAGGUCUAUAUAGAAGGUGCUUCUUCUUCAGACUCAGAAGGUGAAGGAUCUGUGUCAAAGUCUAGGUCCGGAGCCAUGCCACAGGCAAAGAAGAAAACCAGCUCAGUUUCUUUGACGAUACACACAUCGUCACCAAAGAGCCCAGAUGCCCAACCUCAUCGCUUCACACUGGUCCAGCCGCUUUCUACCACACCACAGAGAGUCCAGAGUCCAGUUUCUUCACUCUAUGCUGGUGAUGGUCCUGUUAAAGCGCCCCCUACCUUUACUAAGAUGUUGCAGGACACGCAGGCAUCUGAAGGUCAGGUGGUGGUUCUGGAGUGCCGGGUGAGAGGUAGUCUUCCUCUGCAGGUUCAGUGGUUUCGAGAGGGCCAGGAGAUCCAGGACUCCCCUGACUUCCGCAUCCUGCAGAAGAAGCCAAGAUCAGCAGCAGAACCCGAGGAAAUCUGUACGUUGGUGAUUGCAGAGGCAUUCCCUGAAGACGGAGGUCUGUUUUGCUGCACUGCAACCAACCAAUACGGCUCAGUUAAUAGCACGGCACAACUCACUGUCGCCCCAGUUGCUGAAGAGUUAUCCAGCAAUGGCGUAUCUGAGGAUGACAGUGUGUUUGAGGACAACCAAUCAUUCCCGCCUCCACCCCCUCCACCAACUGAGAUUAGUUUGUUGGAAGUCCCACCCAAAACUCUGCCGAGUGCUGAGGCCUUCCAGAUCAAUGAGCUGGAGAUCUGGCCCAGCGUCACUGCGCUGCCUGUUCAGGUCUCUGCAGAUGAAGAGCCUCAGGAAAGUUUUCCUGACAAACCUCUACAAAAUGGUCAGGCCUUAAACAAGUCACCAGAUGAGAGUCUACAGUCACCUUCAAGUGUGAAGGAAACAACGGCUCCACCUCCAUCGCCUUCAGCAGUUAAGGCUCCACCUCUCCCCACCAAACCCAAACCUAAACUAUCAAAUGAGCAAGCAGAUGACCUCUCAAAUGAAAGAAACGCGGCACAACUGAAGCAACUUCAAGAUCAGAUCCUUCUUGAGCAGCAACAGCAGCUUCCCCCUCCUCAGGAAGUCCCGCCUCCGCCUCCGUCUCCGCCUCUCCCACCUCCUCCUUCCUUCCAGGAGCUGGAGAGUAGCACCAUGCAGACAAGCACCUUCAACUAUGCCCGGCCCAAGCAGUUCAUCGCUGCUCAGAGUCCCACAACAAGCGGGGGACCGAUGGGAUACAGCACACAGUCCUCUACCUCCUCGAGCUCCAGUCCGCUGUCCCCCACAACGCCCCACAAACCCUUCAGCCGCGUCUCCCUUCCGCUCUUCCAGCAGCAGCCAUCACUGUCCAAAGGAAGCAGCGUGGAGUCUCCCAGCUCGCCUUCUUUCCCACCGCCCCCUCCGCCCUUUCUCAGCUCCAGCACUCUAUCCUCUCCUGCUGGCUUGCCACAAGACUUCCCUCCUCCACCUCCACCGCCUCCUCCACCUGUCACGUCAAGCCCCACUCGCUCAGACACCUCCUCGCCCUUCACGUCCACUCCACAGUCCCCAGCCGGGUUUCUGGUGUCGGUGCUUCCAGCCACACCACCUCCACCACCAGUGAAUGCAUUGGGGCUGCCCAAGGGUAACGGCACAGUGGCUUUGCCACGUAAGAGUACACCCCGCACGCCACGCACCAUCUCUGAUUCAGAUAUCCAGGGCACCAAAGAUGCUGUCAUACAAGACCUGGAGAGAAAACUACGCUUCAAAGAGGAGAGGCUCAGCAAUGGACAGCAGAGGUUAACCUAUGAGGAGAAGAUGGCUCGCAGACUGCUGGGUGCUGACAAUGCUGCCACAGUGUUUAACACACAGCAGGUGGAGGAGGAGCCAGUCACACAGGAAGGCAGCUCAGCUGACUCAGAGUCUGUCCCUCAAAAGGAGUAUAAAGUGUCCAGCUUCGAGCAGCGGUUGAUCAGCGAGAUCGAGUUCCGGCUGGAGCGCUCGCCUGUGGAGGAAUCUGACGAUGACGUUCAGCAUGAUGAAGACACUCCCGGAGAGGUCGCACCGUUCUUCGAUCAGAAGCUCAAGCAUUACAAGGUCUUCGAAGGAAUGCCUGUGACCUUCAGCUGCAAGGUCAUCGGAGACCCAAAGCCAAAGGUGUACUGGUUUAAGGACGGAAAGCAGAUCUCAAAGCGCAGUGAACACUACCGUAUCAGUCGUGAUCCAGACGGCACAUGUUCCCUGCACACAGCGGCUGCCUCGCUAGAUGAUGAUGGGAACUACACCGUUAUGGCAGGCAACCCAGCGGGGAGAGUGAGCUGUACUGGAAGGAUGAUGGUCCAGGCUGUGAACCAAAGGGGGAGAAGUCAGCGCUCCACACCUGGACACAUCCGCAGACCACGCUCAAGGUCCAGAGACAGCGGUGAUGAGAAUGAGAAUAUUCAGGAACGUCACUUCCGCCCUCAUUUUCUGCAGGCCCCCGGUGACCUUAUUGUGCAGGAGGGUAAACUCUGCCGCAUGGACUGCAAGGUAAGUGGCCUGCCAACUCCUGACCUCAUCUGGCAGCUGAAUGGCCAGACCAUCCGUCCAGACUCCUCCCACAAGAUGCUGGUGAGGGAGAACGGGGUUCACUCAUUGGUCAUCGAGCCUGUCACUAGCAGAGAUGCAGGAGUUUACACGUGCAUCGCCAGCAACAGAGCUGGACAGAACUCAUUCAACCUAGAGCUCAUUGUUGCAGCCAAAGAGAUGCAUAAAGCUCCAUGUUUCAUUGAGAAACUCCAGAACACAAGUGUGGCUGAGGGUCACCCAGUGCGUCUAGAGUGCCGUGUGUCUGGAGUCCCGUUCCCACAGAUCUUCUGGAAGAAAGAGAACGAGUCCUUCACUCAUAACACAGACAGGAUAAGCAUGCACCAGGACAACUUUGGUUACCUCUGUAUGAUCAUCCAGCCGGCUCUGAAGGAAGACGCAGGCUGGUACACAGUUUCAGCUAAGAACGAAGCUGGCAUCAUCUCCAGUACGGCACGUCUCGACGUACACGCCCAGUGGCAGCAGACUCACACCCCGAAGCCCAAGAAGGUGCGUCCAUCAGCGAGCCGCUACGCCGCUCUGACAGAACGGGGUCUGGACGUGAAGGCAGCCUUCUUCCCAGACUCCAGUCCUCUUCUUCCCGGCACCCUAGUGGAGAGUGAUGACCUGUAGAGACUAGCAUGGAGGAUCUGACCUUCGAACCCCAAUCCCAUGAUCCAGCAUACUCUAUAAUCCCCACCCAUUUCCCAACAAAACCCUCUUGCUGGGGUCAGAUGAAAAAGUGAUCGAUUGACUUUGAGUAGCGAUGGAGGAAGCUGCUAAGCAUUUCCUCAGAGAUUUUGAUUCUUGGUAUUAAAACAACUUCUCCGCCUGAGGAGGACCAUUUGCUUUACUUUUAUUUCAGUAUUUCAGUUUUCUGAGGGUAAGUGAUGUGGGUGCUUAAGUGAGGUCAUAUCCUGCUUGUAAACAGACUUGAUGGUUCGCUGGUGCACUUACACACACACACACACACACACACACACCAGCACGUGCUUUGAGGAAGGAGGUAGUUUACCGAUGAUCACCUUGUUUUUCAUCUCUAGAUUUCACAAGUGCCUAAGAAAUAUUUAAUUUUAAAAUAAAAAUAAUAAAAAAAAAUCUAUUCAAAUAACUAGCAUCUAGCUGUGCAUGUUACUACGGUGCCAACAUGUAACACUUUUUAUGUAUUUAGUUAUAAUGCCUUAGAUUAUAUUUAUGAAACGCUGGAGGAGAUCUUCCUCUCCAGCACAGGAAAUAGGACUUUUUUUGGGUGGUUGGGGGGGCUGGUUCUCUGGAUGUAGGGAAACAGGGCUGUGUAAAGAUGGACACCCCUAAAACUCCAUGGACCUCAUCGUCCCUGGAGCUUCAGGGUCCUUGAGAUCCAGCAUAUUGAUCAGACGCACACUGCCAUACAUAGACGCCGCGUCUGGAUCUCGGCUCCAAUCCAGAGAUGUCGCACAAGGCCGGGCCUUAAUGAUCUUUUCCCACCCUGUCUUUUUUUAGGCGAGAUUAAAAGUGGAGACUGAUAUGUCAUUAACUUGAGUGAUGAGAUUUUUGUACGUUUUGGCUGACUGACAGGUUUGGACAGUUUGUUGUGUUUCCAUGGAAGUGAGAGUAAUGAGGAAUGCCUCUGAUGGAAGUACAGGAAACAGAAUUGACGCAGGCAUGUUUGUGGAGGAUGGGCUGAUUGUGGAAGAAGGCGAGAUUUAUACGAGUAUUAUUGAUUUUAAUGAUGAUGGUGCAUGGAAUGAGAUGGUAAUGCUUUGACAGGUAGGCUUCAGUUUUCAGGUUUGGAAUUACAGAAACGUGCAAAAAUGCAAUACUGUUUUUAUAAAUUAUAUUUCAUCGGCUUUUUAAGUAACUCAAACAUAUUCCUUCUUCGUAACGCAUUCGUAAUAUUAGCUUUGAUCAGUCGAGUAUCAAAUACUCAGUUCAAAUAGUUUAGCCAUCAUCUCACACACCUUUGCAACGUAUAUACAAAACAAUAUAGCAUAACAAUAUACACAUGUAAGCCUGUGAUUUGCAUAUGUUUUUUUUCUUGCACAGCUGUUGAUCCUACAAAUAGACAGAUUUUAGGAGGUUCUUACUUUGCAAUAUUUUCUGUUUUCCAUGCCAAGCUGUGCCUGUAUACAGACUGUUCUCCUUAUUCUCUUCUGGUUUAUGAAUAGUACAAUAAAUAAACGUCUCUGAAAUUGA